AUGGCGGCUUCAGAUGCUUCAUCAGACUAUCGCAUGACUGGAUCUGCUCAACCAGCAGUAGCAACCCAGUCGGGUGCAGCAUCGGCAGUGACCACUCAGAAGAAAAAGCGAGGUAGACCCAGAAAUAAUGGACCAAAUGGGUCAGUAGACACGCCUAUUUCUGCAGAGCCAAUUUCAUCCGCCGCACCUUCUCAGGUGAUUGAUUUUUCGUCUAAGAAGAAACAGGCGAAAGUCCGGCCGGUUGGGGAUGUCAGCAUGAAGGUUUUAUCAUUCUUUCAACAAGGGUCUCGGUCAAUGUGUAUUCUCUCAGCAACUGGUGUAAUUUCCAGUGUCACAUUUCAUCAAACAGAUACUUCUGGUGGUAAAGUGGCAUUUGAGGGCCGGUAUGAUUUACUUACUUUCGCUGGAUCAUUUGUGCAUUCUGAGACUGGAGGAAUGAGAAACCUAUCUGGUGGAAUGAGUGUGUCUCUAAUAAGCCCCGAGGGACGUGUCAUUGGUGGUCGGAUUGACGGUCAAUUGGUAGCUGCCAGUCCUGUGCAGGAAGCACUUUGUUCUUGA